AUGGCGACGGCCCCGCCUCGGGCAGCGGCGGCCGCGGCGAGCAGGGCCCGAGGCCGCAGCGGGGACAAGGAGGGGACGAGGAGGGGACAAGGAGGGGACAGCGAGGAUUCAUCCCACGGGAUUUUCUCUGCUGGAUGCCCUGGAACCUUUUCCAGAGGGCGGAAAAUUGAGCGGGAAAAAACGGAAAUCCUCCGUGGAAAAAAGAGGGAGAUGCUUCCCAAACCCCAACCACCCCAAAAUUUCGGGAAAACCCUCAGGAUAGAGGGAUAAACCCUCCCUGCUGGUGCUUGGAGGGGGUGAUGCCGCGACUCCCGGCCCUCAUCCCCGAGAUUUUCCGUGGGAAUCCCGGGAGAUGGCGGAACACCAGGAGCUGCUGGCCGAGAUGCCGGCGGUUUCCCGGCUCAGCACCCCGGAACGGCUCCGGCACGCCCAGAAACGCCGGGCCCAGCAGCUGAAGAAAUGGGCGCAGGCGGAGAAGGAGAUCCCGGGAAUUCCGAAGGGGGGAGGGGAGAGGAAGAGGAGGAGGAGGAAGAGCGGCAGCCACGGGAAGCGCGUGACGUUCCCGGCCAGCGUCCGGCUCCUGGAAGCGGCCGCGCGGCACGACGCCGAGGAAGUGCGGCAGUUCCUGGAGAGCGGGAUCAGCCCCGACCUGUGCAACGAGGACGGGCUGACGGCGCUGCACCAGAGAUCCCAAAUCCAGUGCUGCAUCGACGAUUCCCUGCCGCUGGUGCGGCUGCUGCUGGAGUCGGGCGCCGACGCCAACGCGCGCGACGCCGAGCUCUGGACGCCGCUGCACGCCGCCGCCACCUGCGGCCACCUGGCGCUGGUGCAGCUCCUCGUGCAGCGGGGCGCGGACCUGCUGGCGCUGAACUCGGACGGGAACAUGCCGUACGACCUGUGCGAGGACGAGGCCACGCUGGACUGCCUGGAGAGCGCCAUGGCCGGGCAAGGCAUCACCCAGGAGCGCAUCGAGGAGGCGCGGGCGGCCCCGGAACGUUCCAUGAUCCGGGAGAUUCGCGAUCGGAUCCGCGACGGCGCCGACCUCGACCUGCCCGGGGGGCACGGGGCCACCCUGCUGCACGUGGCCGCCGCCCACGGCUUCCAGGAGGCGGCCGAGCUGCUGCUGGAGCACCGAGCGCGCCACGACCGCCGCGACCGCGACGGCUGGGAGCCGCUGCACGCCGCCGCCUGCUGGGGACAGGUCCCUCUGGUCGAGCUCUUGGUCGCUCACGGCGCCGACCUGGGAGCCAAAUCCCUGCUGGAUGAGACACCCCUGGACGUGUGCGGUGACGAGGACGUGCGCGCCAAGCUCCUGGAGCUCCGCUCCAAGCGCGCGGCCGUGCUCAGGUCCCAGGAGCGGCAGAAAUCGCCGCUGCACCGACGGACGUCCAGCGCCGGCAGCCGCGGGAAGGUGGUGCGCCGUGCCAGCGUGUCGGAGCGCUCCAGCCUGUACCGGCGCGAGCAGCGGCGCGAGGCCAUCGUGUGGCAGCGAGGGGGACGCAGGGACAGCGAGGACGAGGGGACAGCGGAGAGCCACCAGCACGGCGGGGACACCGGGGUCCCCUCCCCGGCGCCAUCCCCGGACCCGCCCUCGCUGUCCCCUCACCCCAACGGCUCCGCGCUGUCCCCAAUGUCCCCAACAAUGUCCCCAACGAUGUCCCCAACGUCCCCUCAGGGUGACAAAACCCAACCCCACACCCUGGCCGACCUCAAACGCCUCCGCGCCGCCGCCAAAACCCAGAGCGGCGACCCCAAAAAAAAACCCCAAAAACACCUCGGGGACAGCGGGGACACCCCCGGGGACACCCCUGGGGACAUCGGGGACACCCCUGGGGACAUCGGGGACACCCCUGGGGACAUCGGGGACCCGCCCCUGCUGCGCCUCACGGCCCCUCUGGACGAUCCCCCCCCCGACAAGCAGCGCUGCUGCCGCCUCAUGUGACCCCAAAAAAAACCCCAAAAAUUUAUGGGGUCGCCCCAAAUUUAAAUUUUUUUUUUUUUUUUGGGGUCGUUGUC